AGUUCAAGUUCUUUCUAGGGUUUCUUGACAGUUGACAGUUAGAGCUCUUAGGUUUACUUCUUGUUAACUUGGAUUUAUAUCCAUUUUAAGAAGAGGAUUUAUAUCCAUUUUAAGAGAGGUAGGGAGGGGGGGUACCCUAAGCUUCUUUUAUAAGCUGUUCUUUUGAUUGUUUUUGAGAAAAAAGUUGUGAGUGUUUUGAGAAGAUAAAGAAAAAGAAUGGAUGAGAUAGGAAGUGAAACUGAUAAAAUGGAUGAAAUCAUGCUACCGGGGUUUAGGUUUCAUCCGACAGACGAGGAACUUGUUGGUUUUUAUCUAAAGAGGAAGGUUCAGGUUCAGCAACGACCGCUCUCCGUUGAAGUCAUCAAGCAACUAGACAUCUAUAAACAUGAUCCAUGGGAUCUCCCAAAGUUGGCGACUACUGGUGAAAAAGAAUGGUACUUCUACUGUCCUAGGGACCGGAAGUACAGAAACAGCACGCGGCCUAACCGGGUAACUGGAGCUGGGUUCUGGAAAGCCACCGGAACAGACCGGGCCAUAUACUCCUCAGAAGGUUCAAAGUGCAUAGGGUUGAAGAAGUCCCUAGUGUUCUAUAAAGGUAGAGCUGCUAAAGGGAUCAAAACUGACUGGAUGAUGCAUGAGUUUCGCUUACCGUCUUCACUUACUGACUCAACUCCACAGAAGAGAUUCAUGGACAAGAACAUACCUGCCAAUGAUUCAUGGGCAAUUUGCAGGAUCUUCAAGAAAAUUAACACAACUACACAAAGAGCCAUCUCUCAUUCUUGGGUCUCCCCACCACCACCAUUGCCUCAAACAACAUCUUCUGAGACAUUCACCCAAUUAGCUCCUCCUCACAAUACUCAUCACUUCACUUCAGCGACCAUGUCAUUCACACCAAAACCAACUUCAUUAUCAUCAAUCCAAUUUAGUACUAACAAUGAUCUUCAACACUCACCUAUUAAUACUUCUUUCUCUCCUUUAGAUGUUCUUCUCAAAGACCUUCCCACAAGUUGCUCAUUUUCGUCGCUCAUUAAUACCUCAUUAGGGCACUCCAAAUCCACAGUUGAUUCAUCUUCCAUGUUCUUAAACUUGUCCUCAUCAACUUCCAUUUUUGGAGAUUUUGAUGGGUUGCAAGAACAGUGUAAUGGUUUCUCACCGCAGGAAAUGGAAGCCUUUCCCGGAUAUGGACAAGAGACAGCAUUGAUGAAAGACUCAAAUGGGGCAUAUUUUGAUGAUGAUCAGUGGGAAACAAUGAAAUCCAUUGGGGUUCCAUUCAAUUUGCCACUGAACAUGCUUGAAUCUGAUGCAUGGAAGUCGAAUUUGCUGUGGGAUUCUUUUCCUUCUCUUAGUGAGAUGUCCACUAGCUAUUCUGCUAACAAGAAGUGCAAUACCUAAAACAAAAAAAUAAAAAAUAAAAAAACCAAGUUGAUACCCACCUCGAACCAUCUACACAAACGGGAUAUAGAACCGGACAAGUAGGUCUAUCUCCGGUUCUAUGUCCUAUUUUUGUA